CUCUCUCUCUAAAACUUUCUCUCUCUGAAUUUAUGAAAGGCUUUCCUUCGACGCUCUGUCUCCAAAUUCCAUCGUCUCUGUCAGGUCGUCACCAUACCAACAAAGGCCAAAGCUUCCCUCUUUCCUUUUCGCUUCUCUCUCUUAUCUCAGUUCCUUUCCCUUCCCUCUCAUCAGGGACUUCACCAUGAAGAGAUCUUGUCCCUGCAUUUGAAGGGGAAGGAUUGGGAGAGGAAGACCAAUUCUUUCAGCUAGGAUAUGAUUGAGCCCCUUGCGCAGAGCCUCCCGAAAGCUUGAUGCAAAUAAACGAUUUUUUGCUCUAAGUCUCCGAGCUAUAUAUCCUCGUUUUUCAAUGAUGAAGGCAAACUUUUACGGGUUGAGGGGGAAGCAACUCUCUCUUGUCCUUGUAGCUCUUGUUUGCACCACAAUCCUUGUUUGGACAUGGGAGAAGAACCCGAUUGUUUCCAACUUCCUUCCACCUCAGCAUAGUUGGUUGCAAGUGUCAUCAGAUAUCCAAACCAGUACGAAUGUUGAAAGCUCUGUUAAUUCUCAGCCAACAAAAGCGAGUGCAGAAGAUGUAUCUGCAGCUUCAGCAGAAGAGACUGAAACAAAGACAGAAAACAGCCAUGCUGCAGUGGCCCCUCCAUUAGAUGUUUCAAAGAGCACGCCCAAGACGGUCGACGUUGCAGCCGACUCUAAAACAAGCUCACCAGAGAGGGAAGAUGCUCUUAAGAGUCCUGCCAGAGGAGAAAUGACAGGGAAAGAUUCUGUAGAGUCUCCGAAGGGUAGCCAUGCUCUAAUUCGUUCAACUGUCCCUGAAUCAGUUGCCAAUUAUUCUGAAAUUUCAAGAGAGGACCACUCUGAAGGUCGGCUAGGAGAGCAUUCCAGUGCUCCUGCAAGUUCUGCACUUGUCAACUCUACAGGGUCAGGCAAAGAUGAGCUGAAAGUAUCGGCGGUAAAUAAAGGGCAAGCCUGCAAUUAUGCAGAAGGAAAAUGGGUUGUGGAUGAGAGGCGGCCUUUGUACUCUGGGUAUGGUUGUAAGCAAUGGCUUUCAGCGAUGUGGGCUUGCCGUUUGACCCAGCGCAUGAAUUUUGACUAUGAGACACUUAGGUGGCAGCCUAAAAAUUGUCAAAUGGAAGAAUUUGAAAGGGAAAAAUUCUUAAAGAGGAUGAGAGACAAAACCAUUGCCUUUGUCGGGGACUCACUGGGCCGGCAGCAGUUCCAGUCAUUAAUGUGUAUGGCUACAGGUGGUCAGGGGAGGCUUGAUGUGAUGGAUGUGGGGAAAGAGUAUGGGCUUGUCAAGGCCCAUGGGGCUAUCCGGCCUGAUGGGUGGGCCUACCGCUUCCCAGAAACCAACACGACAAUCCUCUACUACUGGUCCGCCAGCCUGUGUGACCUCGAGCCAAUCAACCCCAAGAACCAUUCCACCGAGUAUGCCAUGCACCUCGACCGGCCUCCAUCCUUCCUCCAGAGGUUCAUCCCCCGGUUCGAUGUCCUGGUGCUCAAUACAGGGCAUCACUGGAACCGUGGAAAACUCAAUGCUAACAGGUGGGUGAUGUAUGUAGGAGGAAAACGAAACACUGAUAGGAAGAUAGCUGAGAUUGGGCGUGCUAAGAACUUAACAAUACACAGCAUCGUGAAGUGGGUUGACUCCCAGCUCCCAAAGUACCCGAGGCUGAAGGCGUUCUAUCGGAGCAUAUCCCCCAGGCAUUUUGUGGGUGGGGACUGGAACACUGGAGGGAGCUGUGAUAACACGAACCCGAUGUCUAUUGGGAAGGAAGUGUCACAGGACGAGUCGAGUGAUUACAGUGCUUGGAGUGCCGUCAGAGGUACUAAGGUCAAGCUCCUGAGUAUCACGGGGCUCUCUCUAGUGAGGGACGAAGGACACAUCUCCCGGUUUAGCAUAAAGGGCACCCCUGGAGUUCAGGAUUGCUUGCACUGGUGCCUUCCCGGUGUUCCAGACACAUGGAAUGAGAUACUUGCAGCUCAGGUUUGACUGAGAUUUACUCGGAUGUGUGGUUCGGCAUUUUCAGGAAGGACUGUUUCAGGGCAAGGCUUUCGUAGCACUGGCCUUUGAGCAAUCUGAACUUGUUCCAGUAGAGAUCUAAUCAUGUCUCGGCCACUACACCUCUAGGGUGAUUGGAGUUUGUCAAUACUGACUACACCUCUAGGGAGAUUGGAGUUUGUCAAUACUGAAACCAGAUUUUUCGGGGAAAGAUACCACGGCCCAUACGAUUGUUUGCAGUCUGCAGAAGUACCAGCUGCAGGUGAUUGAGGAAAUUGUUUAAACUGUAUCAUCCUUUUCUUCAUAAAUCCGAUCAGAGGAUUACAUCGAGUCGUACUAGGUUCCGGUCGUACUGAGGAAGGUGGGAAGAUCUAAUGGAAGAUUAUACACAAAAUACAAGUGAGAGAUCGUGAAGACUGUACUUGGAAUCAUUUGUAUCACUAUACCGAAGCUUACAAUUUGAAUCCGUGUUGAAUGUUUCCAUAAAUUUUGAGGCAACAUCAGAUCAUGUCCCGGAUGUUGGUGUUUCAAGUACUAAUCAAACCCUUACAUUUGACCCGUC